AUGGUUCCCAGUGAACAGAGGGCAUCUGAGGGUGGCGGCGGCAGGAGAAGGGAGCCGGGGCUGGAGGCAGGGGAAGGGGAGGGAAGGGGGGAGCGACCCAGCGAGCGAGCAGGGGGAAGGGGGAGGCUGGCGAGGCGGGUUCUCCGGCGGGUGCCGAGCGAAGGCCUCACUGGGCUCCCGGCAGCCGGCGCCUCCUCACCAUCCCCGGGCGGCGGGCGGUGGGGCGGCUCCUCCUCCCCCUCUCGCAGGCGCUCGGCCCAUGGGGCUCACACGCCCGCUCCGGCUGCCGGCCUGCCUUCCCCGCCGCUCCGCCUCGCUCCUGCCGCCGCCCUGCCUCCGGCCGAGAGGGGGGGCCGUCCCUCGCCUCGCUCAGCAGCCCCUCCGCCGGCGCCGCCGCCUCCCCCCGCGCCACCGGGCCGAGCUCCCGCAGCCGGGGCCGAGCUCGUCCCACACGCGUCUCCGCGGCGCUCGCUCACAUCCUCCGGGGAGCGGCCACCGGGUCCUACCGCCGCCGCGCCGCUUCCCGCCCGCCCCGCCGUGCCGAGGGGCCGCCCCGUUCCGCGUCGCUCCCCGGGGGAGGGUUCGCCGCCCGCCGCCGGGGCCUCGCCGCCCGGCCCCGCCUCGCCGCCCUCAGAGCUCCCGUCCCCGCGGCGGGGCAGCGCCCACCGGCCCGGCCCUCCAGCCGCCCCCCUCCGCCCCGCGCCGCGCCGGCCCCAGGCCCCGAGCGCCGCGUUUCCGGGCCCCCGGCGCGGCCUGGCCUGGCCUGGCCCCGGGCAGCCCGGCGGCGGGGUCGCCCUCCCCGCGCUGUUGCGGCCCUUGACCCGGGCGACUGGGACACGGUGCCCCGAGAUGGCCAUAAAUGCAAACUGGGCUGUAAGAACUGAUUGGAUUUCUUCAGAAAUGUGUUCACCGAUUAUUGCAUUUCUGCAAUUAGAAGCAAGCUGGAAUUCUGAAAACAGCACAUCUUUCCGCCGUUUUGCACCGUUACUAACAUAAAGGUGCAUAAAAUGCAUUUACAGUAAUAAAGCUGGGGAAUACAACUACCUUUACACUAGUAGCAAACCUAUUUGAUAAGAGGCUUUUCCGUCACAUAAUUUGAGUGAUUGUACAUGUUUAGUGAAAUUCACUUUCUUCUGCCGUUUUGAUCACCUAGGUCUGUCUAAUCAUAUCUGUCACAAGGGUUCCUGAGCAUCGCUGGAUUUGGGGUACACCAGUGUGCUAGAGGAACCAGUGAUGAGGCAGAGGGGGAAAGGCUUCACUCUUCUUCAUGCUAUAGGGAGAAGGAGCAAGAUCCCCUUUCCCACCAUGGAGCAGACCAGUUCCUCAUGGCAGAGCUGCUACAGCAGCGUGGUGUUUUCUUUGGCUCUCCUUUAGGUUUAAUGGAGCACAUUUCAGUACAAUUUUUGAAAUGUACCAUUCGGGCAACUUAGUGGAAUAAGCAGACCCUGUGGUACGGGUCCAGUUACCCAGCUGAGGGUCAGAUCCUCACCUGCUGCAGUCAGUGGAAAGAUUUCUGUUAAUAUCAGGGCAGAAUAAAAGAGCUGUGAGAACUCUCUAAGCUGCAAAGGUAAUGGAAAUGAAAAAAUCUGGGUUUGUGAUCACAUUUCGGCCUACUGUGCAUUACAUACAGAGUAUUUAGUGUAGAUUAAAACAUUGGUAGGCCUUAAAGAUAUAUUUAAAAUUAAAUUAAUCGUCAGUGUGCAAAGCUUGCAGGCAGCUCAGAAGACAUGUAUUAAACUUAGCAAAACAAAAAGAAGAAAAUUUGUUUAUGAACUACUUUUGAGCCUACAGCCUGCAGUAAACCUAGUAGGAAUAAAGAGUGCAUGUAAGUAUAGAAAUUAUUGGCUGUAAGACACUUCUGUCUAUGUAGGGGGAUCUCUGGUAAUAGAUCUGAUUGCAGAAGAGCUUUCUUCCCUUCCUGCCAAACCCUGUCCUGAUGGAUAAGCUCCCAGGCUGCGCGGUGAGCGAGGUCUUUAGGACUUCCCCUUGCAAAUGAAGCAACAGUUUAAAAAAUAACGUCAUACAGUAAACAGUUUUCUGUCCUGAAGAGCAGAAAAUAAAGCUCCGUUGUUUGCUAGAAGGGAAGCACAAUUUUUAAAAAAAAAGAAAAAAAAAAUUCAACACGAACAGAUUGUUUAGAUUUGCUGACUGUUGAUUUACCAUGAUGAAAGACAGGCCCAAACUAGAAAGUUUGGAUCCUGAUCCAGAUCUGACGUUCCCUAAAUCUGAGGGGGAAGUGCGAUUCAGAGUCUGGAGUAAGGGCUUACCUCUCAAACACAGCAAAAUGCUGUGGAUAAAAAUACCCAGGUAAAGUAGGAAGUCCCUGGUGUACAAAAACAAGAGUGACUUUGUACCAACAAGGAACAAAAGCAGGCUUUUUUUUUUCUCUUUUCUCUGAGAACAAUGGAAUCACUCAGGAAUUGUUACAAAUGCAAACAAUGUGGGUUUUAUCACUCAGUUAUCAUCAAUGGGAUUAUAGUCUAUAAACUCUAAUUUUCAGGGAAGUCCCUAGAUUUCCCUGAGCGCUUCCUCAAAUUUCACAUCUGUUGACUCUAGUUUAUUAAGUGCUUCAGGAUAAGUUGCAUCAACUAUCCCUUGGUAUUAUAAUACCAAAAAAUACUGAACGGAGGGGUUAGUGGCAAAGGAUGGUUGAUUGCCAGACAAUGUGCCAAUACCACACUAGAGGAGCAGGCACUCCUGUUCUCAUUCAUUUUUAAAAAAUAUAUAGGUAACAUAUAAUUUGAUGUAACUUUUUAAAGUUGUUUUAAAACACUAAAAUUAUGCAGCUUUAGAUAAAAAUUAUUCUUGUCCAGUCAGACAUAGGAAGAAAGACUAGCAUGGUAAGAUGAAGUGGAAUUAUUGAGGUAACCCCCAGCAGAACAAGUUCUGUUCCAUAAUUGCAAGUAAUGAGAGCACUUUUAUGGGCCAACAGUGAAUUUCUUCCUCUCUUUUUAAAAGGUGGGCUGUACUCAAAUAAAAAGACUAUACGACAUCCUGGAAUUACAGAACUAGCAUCUCAGUCUAGCUAUUAACAGCUUUUGAACAAACAACUCAGGUUUGAUCUCAGACAAAAAUCUAUCUCAGUAAAAAUACAAAUUAAAAGUGCAUUUCACAGUGCCAAAUACAAGAAACAUAGUUGUGCUUCUAAAAUUGAACUAAUCCAACAUUUGAAGGUGUAUUUCUCAUUAGCAAAACAAUGGCAGGUUAUCUGGAAAGAAAAUAACAAUCAUACUGAAACAUUGUAAUUUUGCUAUUUAGAAAUCCAUCUUGUGAAUAAAUAAAGGUAUGGAUUUAUUUGUACUUCUCACAUGAAUUUCCUACAAGACUAAGUGAAGCGCUGAAGCUUCUCUUCCCGAUGGCUGGCUAAAAGCCCUGGGAAAGGUAGGACAGGAGACGGAGGUUUGGUUUCCAGCCCCUGUUCCUGGUCUCCAGGGUGCCCAAGCUGGACAGCCCUGGGUUGACAGCAUGGUUUCUCCAGCUGAAGGAAGAAGUCACGCUUCACAGUCCUGCAAAGAGCUUUUCUGGCUGAGCCAUGGAUGGUGUUGACAAACUCCAAAGUGAGAGCCGUACAGUCGUCUUCACCAGGAAUAAUGAGAGCUGUGACACGGGGCAGCAAACACCCUGUGGGGAAUUUGGUACAGGAACCGAAUUGGUUUGUACAGAAAACACACUAGUUAGGUGUAGAACAUACAAAAAUAGCAAAUAUAACACUUCUGUCCCAUAUACCACUGCAGGUGCUUUUGUUGUUACAGUAAUACCUGCAAGUCCCAGUCUGGACCAGGCACCAUUAGUGCUGUAGAGACACGUCAGAAGACACAGUCGUUGAUCUGAAGUGUCUGAAGUCCACUUCAAACCCCUGCUUUUACCCCCUUGCUUAUAAAGUAACAUGUCAUGAGUUCUAACUUCUGGGAAGAUACCUGAAAAUGCUGAAAUUCCAAUGAUCUGUGUGAGGAAACACCCUGAUUUUAUGAGGAGCGGCUGAGGGAUCUGGGGCUGUUCAGCCUGGAGAAAAGGAGGCUGAGGGGAGGCCUUAUCGCUGUCUGCAACUACCUGAAAGGAGGUUGUAGCAUGAAGGGGGUUGGUCUCUUCUCCCAAGUAGCAAGUGACAGGACAAGAGGAAAUGGCCUCAGGUUGUGCCAGAGAAGGUUUAGAUUGGAUAUUAGGAAAAAAUUCUUCACAGAGAGGGUUGUGAAGGACUGGAACAGGCUGCCCACGGAAGUGU